AAAAUUCACCUCGUUCAUCUUGAGGGAGAGAUGUUUGGCCACCUGAAAGAAUGCAAAUUCUUCUGAGAACUCACGUGAUGCAUUUGUUUUGUCUCGUGUAUUUUGCACUUACAGAUUUAUCAAAUGUGGCAAAGAACUUGAUGUACGGUUGAAAACGCUCCGAGGCCUCCUGAAAAGCUUUGUAGUCUGAGAGGCGGGAAGGGAGAGUUAGUGGCAGUACUCUCGCAUUUCCAACAAUAUUACUACUAUAAAGGAACACGACCUGGCUCCUCUGCCAGUGUAGAAGAAGUAAGAUCUUGAUUAGAAAAUAACUGAAUCAAAAGAACAAAGCUGCAGUAUGACCUAGAAGUUAGCAAACGAGAUGCUAUUUAAAGCCUCUCAUGAGAAAACCCACACAGUAAAAUCAGGUGACAGAGCUCGAGAUCCCAUUAAAGGUCUUCUGGGAGACAGCACGGAGCUAUUAGAAGACACAAUUUUUUCGUUCCAGUUUGAUAAGUAGCGGCGUUACAUGGUGGUAAACUAACAUAAAUCCUCUCCUUUGAAGUAACCAAUGAGGCGAAUGUCUUCCUCUAUCCUUUCGAAAGCUCGGAGCUCCAUUGCGUUGUUGAUUAUUUCCACUGGGUCCUCCAGCACCUGCGGAAGGAGGUGGACAGUAAAAAAUUGCAAGGAAUGAUAAUGUUUUAUUCUUUUCUCAAUAAAUAUGUGUAUUGGAUUUUAAAUCUUGGAAUUAUGCUACAUGUGUGCCAGGUCCACUCACAUCUAGAAGGAACUCCACAAGAGUGUCAGCUGACAGUUCUCCAUCAAACUCAAUGAUGCGAUCAUCCUUGAAGACAUACAGGCUUCCCACCUCUUCGAGGCCUGACCAAAAACAGAUAUUUCUCACCUCGAGGACCAGCUCGGUCAUCUGGAAGCGCUUCUGCAGGCCUUUGUUAGCAGGCACGGGCUCGUGGUAGAACAGACAAAGCAGGCAAGCUGACAAUAAGGGACAUGAUAUCUAAGGCUCUUGGAGAAUAUACUCGGUGUAACUCUGCCAACUGUAGUUGCCAUCUAAAGGUCUUGCAGCAAGACUUGGCUCCCUUUGGUGGAGGAAUUUCGGAGAAUGUCAUGUCUUUGACAGUCCAAAGAGGGGUGGGCACCCACUACCAGAUCAUUGGGCAUAAAUUGUACAGGGAACAUAACUGCAUGUUUCCAGCCAGGUGCAGUGGCGUUGAGCAUUUCAUAUUACAGGUGAUUGACAAGCUACCCGAUUUGGAGAUGGUGGUAAAUGUCAGGGAUUAUCCUCAAGUGCCCAACUGGGUGCAACCAACCUUGCCUAUUUUCUCCUUUAGUAAGACUUCAGACUACCAGGACAUCAUGUACCCAGCGUGGACAUUUUGGGAGGGCGGCCCUGCUGUGUGGCCCAUAUAUCCCACUGGGCUUGGAAGAUGGGAUCUAAUGAGGGAUGAUCUCAAAAAGUCUGAAGCUCAGUGGCCCUGGCAGAAGAAAGAGUCCAAAGGUUUCUUCAGAGGAUCUAGAACAAGUCCAGAGCGUGACCCUCUAAUUCUGCUUUCACGAGAGAUGCCAGAAUUAGUGGAUGCAGAAUACACAAAGAACCAGGCCUGGAAGUCUGACAAGGACACUCUCGGGAGACCACCAGCCAAAGAAAUCCCACUGGUUGAACACUGCAAGUACAAGUAUUUAUUCAACUUUCGAGGAGUGGCCGCCAGCUUUCGUUUCAAGCAUCUCUUUCUUUGCGGUUCGCUUGUGUUUCACGUGGGGGACGAAUGGCAAGAGUUUUUCUACCCGCAGCUCAAGCCCUGGGUGCACUACAUCCCGGUGAAGCAGGAUCUCUCUGAUGUCAGAGAAUUACUACAGUUUGUUAAAGACAAUGAUUCCGUCGCACAAGAAAUUGCCUUCAGAGGGAUGGAGUUCAUCUUGGAACACCUGCAAAUGCACGAUGUUUCCUGCUACUGGGAGCGACUCCUCACAGAGUUCAGUCAGCUUCUUACUUAUCGACCCAAAAGACGCAACAACUACAGUCAGAUAAUGCACAAGCCCGGCAAGACAGAGCUAUGACGAAGACACCGGCUGUGUCCGAGUGUGCACUAUGUAGUGCGCUGUUAAGGGAUUGGGCCAUUUUGUAGGGGUGUCUGAAUGUCCAGGGAGCGUAGGGCACUCGAAGUGACCCCCAAUGCAUUUGGAAAAGUAGAGACAGUGGCAUAUUUAGUGCCGGACUAUCUCAUGAUUGAAGGGUUAGCGGACAAGGCCGGACAUGCAGGACCUGUCAAGCUGUGAUUGUAAACCAGGGGUGGGCAAACUUUUUGACUCGCGGGCCGAACUAGGUUCUAAAUUUGGACCGGAGGGCCGGACAAGGAGCAGAUGGACGUAGGCGUUGUGUGACGUCAUAUAAGCGACCUGUAAAGGUCAUUGCAUAAAAGAUCUUGGCCUUUAGUAGGUAGUAAAGCAUGGAUAUUCCAAACAAUUUUUUUGAAAACAAAUGCAUUUAUUAACAGCAUUAAAAAAAUAAUAAUUCACUAAAAAACUGCUAUCAGUGAUUCUCAUAAAAUACGACACUGUUAUUAUGAAUAACAAUCUCCAUCACUUCAGUGCCUGCAGGUCAGAUUAAUGAAAGAUGUUUAUCUUAUUAGAUCACAUCAAACGGCAAACAUUCUGACCAAAUAUAUCAUCUUGAAGAAUCGGUGAAAGCAUACAUCCAAAUAAAGUAAUCAAAACAGCAACACGGUGAGGGGUAUCUGAAAAUCAGAGCAGAGUUUUAACUCGCAAACACCUGGUAACAGAGGUGAGGAAACGGGAAACACCUCCUUAAAGUAAGCCUUAAGAACUUUACAGGUUAAGAUUAGUCGCAAAUAGGUGGUGCAUCAAUGUCCUUGAGCAUCCUGCAUUGUUUGAAAAUGAGAAUGGUCGCUAGUUUCAAUCCCUGCUAUGUGUACAAAUCAUAUUCAAAAUGCAUUUUUUUACAAUAAACUUGAGAGCCUCCCGUUCAUUUUCAGUGGGAA